UUGAGAGAAGAACUAGUAACAAAGUUGAACUAAGAAAACAGAGAAAAAACAGAGAGAGCUCACAUCAAUCUUCUAAUCUUCAUUCUGUCUCUGAACAUUAUUGUACUUGUUGUGACUUGUUAGCUUUUUUGUUUCUGCUUUUGAACAUAUCAUACAUUGAAUCAAUCUUAGUUUCUUCACUUUCACUUUCUUCUACCUGGGUGGAUCAUAGUUUCAACCUUUUUUUUCCUCUGGAGCUGUUUCUGUUUCUAGUGAUUCUUCAUAAGCAGUAGGAAUUGGAAGCAAAUAUUAGAAGUUGCAAAUUGGGCAGUGAGUGAUCAUGGCAGCUAUAAAGCCAGAGGAGAUAAGCCACCCACCAAUGGAACAACUUCAGGGCUUAGAGUACUGUAUAGAUUCAAACCCAUCUUUGGUGGAGACAAUACUUCUGGGUUUUCAGCAUUACAUUUUGGCCUUAGGAACUGCAGUGAUGAUUCCUUCAUUUCUUGUGCCUUUGAUGGGUGGAAGUGAUGGUGAUAAAGUGAGGGUGGUACAAACUCUGCUUUUUGUUGGAGGAAUUAAUACACUUUUGCAGACACUAUUUGGAACUAGGUUACCAACUGUAUUAGGAGGAUCAUAUGCCUUCAUGGUCCCCAUUGUAUCGAUAAUCCGCGAUCCAUCUUUCGCAAUGAUAGAGGACCCACAUUUGAGAUUUCUCAGCACUAUGAGAGCAGUCCAAGGUGCACUAAUAGUAGCAUCAAGCAUACAGAUUAUUUUGGGAUUUAGUCAACUAUGGUCAAUUUGCUCUAGGUUUUUCAGCCCACUUGGAAUGGUUCCAGUAAUUGCAUUAGUUGGUUUUGGAUUAUUUGACAGAGGGUUCCUUGUGGUUGGGACUUGUGUUGAAAUCGGAAUUCCCAUGCUAAUCCUGUUUAUAGCCUUCUCUCAGUAUUUAAAAAAUCUUCAGACAAGACAAGUACCAAUACUAGAGCGAUUUGCUCUACUCAUAUCAGCCACAGUGAUAUGGGCAUAUGCACAUCUCCUAACAGCAAGUGGAGCUUACAGAGACCGCCCAGAAUUAACGCAACGUAGUUGCAGGACAGACAGGGCUAAUCUCAUUUCUUCUGCUCCAUGGAUAAAGAUCCCAUACCCUCUUGAGUGGGGUGCUCCUACAUUUGAUGCUGGCCAUGCUUUUGGAAUGAUGGCUGCUGUCUUGGUCUCAUUAAUUGAGUCAACUGGUGCAUACAAGGCUGCAUCGCGAUUAGCAAGUGCCACACCACCUCCUGCUCAUAUCCUGAGCCGCGGUAUCGGUUGGCAGGGAAUUGGAAUCUUGCUGAAUGGCCUUUUUGGAACACUGACUGGUUCAACAGUUUCUGUAGAGAAUGUGGGGCUUCUAGGAAGCAACCGUGUUGGCAGCCGAAGGGUCAUUCAAGUUUCAGCUGGGUUUAUGAUAUUCUUCUCAAUGUUAGGAAAAUUUGGAGCUUUAUUUGCAUCAAUACCAUUCCCCAUUUUUGCUGCUGUAUACUGUGUUUUGUUUGGUAUUGUCGGUUCUGUGGGGCUAUCAUUUAUGCAAUUCACAAACAUGAAUUCAAUGAGGAACCUCUUUAUUAUUGGUGUUUCCCUCUUCUUAGGGUUGUCUGUUCCGGAGUAUUUCAGAGAAUACACCAUCAGGGCACUUCAUGGUCCUGCCCAUACAAAGGCUGGAUGGUUCAAUGAUUUCCUUAACACUAUCUUCUACUCUCCCCCAACUGUUGCAUUGAUUGUUGCUGUGUUCUUGGACAACACUCUUGACUACAAGGAUAGUGCCAAGGAUAGGGGAAUGCCAUGGUGGGCUAAGUUUAGAGCAUUUAAAGCCGAUAGCCGGAAUGAAGAGUUCUACUCACUCCCUUUCAACCUCAACCGGUUCUUCCCUCCAUCCUAAGAAAAUUCUAAUAUCAUAUACAAGAGGUGUUAGAGGAAAAGCAUCAUUUCCAGAUAAGGAUCAUUCUAUAUGAUGAUCAGUUUGAAGAGUUAGAAAAAUGUUGUACUCUUAGGUAGAAGGUUCCCUUGUGCUUUCUGUUCAUUUGUUUUUCAUAUAUUUUUAUAGUUUGAAUUGGUUUCUUUAGUUAUUUUCAUACAAUAGAACAAAAAAGUUAUCUGUUCCUUAACUUACAUAUUUCUUAAUUCAUUUACUAAAAUCAUUAAGUGGUUGGAUUUA